CCACCCCUCCCAUAACCAAAGGGGCAAAAUCCCGCUUUUGCUUUAGCUGGUUCUUUUUGGCCACGCCCCCACUCACCUAAGCCAGUCUCGCCUGUAUUAGAAGGUUCAGUAAUAUUAGUGUUUGUUAAUUCCACAAAACCCUACGCCAGAAACUUCUUUUAUUUAUCAGUUCUUGGUCAAAUAGAUGCAUCUUCCACAUUAAUCAGUUCUGGAUCAUGUUUAAGAGUAUGAGUUAGCAGGCUAUCAUGUGAUGGAGGACAAGUAAAUGGAUAAUUGCAUUACAGGGUUAGAAUAUUUCCUGAGGUCCUACUGUCAUUGUACCGUCUACUAUAGUCAGAUUCAUGAAAGUGUGGCACCAGCACUUGAUGUGAAGGCUUACUUUGAUGGUCUGCAGCUUCUCCAUCUUCCAUUUCAGUGAUUCCGAAAAUGAAACCAAGAACCAAUGUGGGGCCAAGGUCCCAGAGGUCCAAAGGUGUUCAGAGUGAGGGGCCAAACUGGGUCAUAAUUGCAGGCAGUGCAUUAUUAAGUACAUUAUCUGUUCGCUUAGGCUACAAGCUGAAGCAGGUGCUUGACUCGAGACAACAGAACAAGACCACCAGCAGUUUAAAAGGAAACGAAAAAUCUCCUGAAGGAAGGAAGUUAGGAAAUGGUCAUUUGCAGUCAAGUACUUAUUAUUUUGCCCAAGAUGAUGAUGGCUGCUACAAUUGCAAUACAGGAGCUGGAGGAUUGGGGGUUAUAAAGCAGCAGCAAUUUAAUGGGUCUGAGCCUGAAAUGGUGCUCCCUCUUGUGACUGUUCCUGCCCUCGAAUUCAAUAAAGAGAAUGGUGGGCCGUGGUCAAGCUCUCCUGACCGUCUUGAACUGCCACAGAAACCAUUUCAUCACUCGAACAGCUCCGAGUCGCCAUGCGUCUCAGAAUCUGGUUCUGACAUAUACAGCAAGCGAGAAGUGAUACAAAAGCUGAGACUACAGUUAAAGAGAAGGGACGAAACAAUAUUAGAGAUGCAAGAGCAGAUUGUAGAGUUGCAGGGUUCUCUCAAUACUCAGCUGUCGCAUUCUGCCCAUCUGCAGUCAUUGCUGGACGCUGCAAACAGGGAUCUGUUUGAUUCAGAGAGAGAGAUACAGAGGUUGAGGAAGGCAAUUGCAGAUCAUUGCGUUGGACAAGUGGGUUCUUGCGAUAAGUCCCCAACAGUACCUGUAUGGCCAGCUGAAGUCCGAUAUGGUCAUAUGAACGGUCACACAAAUGGUCACCUGGAAAUUGAUAGAAAUUCGGAUACCUCAGAUAAGGGAAGAGGAGAUGGGGAAAGGUUCGAAAUGCUGAAGCGCGAAAAAGAUGAGUUAAAAGAAGUGAUUGAAGGGAAGGAUUAUCUGAUCAGGAGCUACAAGGAGCAAACUGCUGAGUUAUCAAUCAAGGUCAAGGAGCUGCAACAAAGAUUGGAUGCUCAGCUCCCAAAUAUUUUGUAGGCGCGGUUAGAGUUGUGUAUUCUUUAGUUUGCCUCCAUCUUAUGUUUCUCAUUCCCUUGAUUGGUUUUAAGCUUCAUGAUAUGGGAAUGCUCUUUUCUCGGGUUUCUUCUGUUUUUUUUCCCCUUCCUUUUAUGUUUUUAUUCCUUACCUCCAUCUAUUCCAUUCUGUUUUCUGUUCAUAAUGUUUGACGAAACGAUUUGGAGAACGUUCGUAGAAGUAGUAGAUUGAGUUUGAGGAUUGCUUCAUGUAUUGCUGAACAUGUAAAAAUGGUUCAUGUCGUCCAUACAUGUAGGAGUUUUAUUCGAAGUUAUAAAAUAGACGUUUGCUCAGCAGUUUGAUCA